UCCCGCUCCGGUCCUCAACCGGGAGGAACCUGCAUCCCACUCUAGUCCUGAACGGGGAGGGAUCUGCGUCCUGAACCGUCUGCACCCUGAACUGGGAGGGACCCGCAUCCUGCCCCAGUCCUGAACUGGGAGAGACCCACAUCCUGCCCCAGUCCUGAACCAGGAGGAAUCAGCAUCCUGCUCUGGUCCUGAACAGGGAGGGACCCGCAUCCCAAACUGGCUGCACCCCAAACCAGAGGGACCCGCAUCCUGUUCCAGUCCUGAACCGGGAGAAACCCGCAUCCUGUUGCGGUCGUGAACUGGGAAGGACCCGCAUCCCUCUCUGAUCCUGAACCGGGAGGAAUCUGCGCCCUGGUGCAGCUGCAGCCAAGCCUGGAGGGACCCGUGCCCCGAACCAGUGAUGUGCCUUGACAUGGCUGGGCACCCUGCUCCAGCUGCACCCAGAGAGAGGAGGGACCUACACCCCGAACCAGCCAAGCACCCCAAACAAACUGCACCCUGAACCAGAGGGGUCCUAUACCCCAAAGUGGCUGCACCCUCAAGCAGGAGAGACCUAUGCCCUGAACCAGCUGUGCACCCCAAACCAGCUGUCCCCUGAACUGGGAGGUACCUGUGCCCUGAACCAGCCAUGCACCCCAAAAUGGCUGCUCUCUGAAUCAAGAGGGAGCUGCACCCCAAACUAGCUGUGUCCCCCAAACUUGUCGUACCCUGAUCCUGCUGCACCCUAAACGAGGAAGGACCUGCGCCCCAAAGCACGCGUGUGCCUGGUCUGGCUGCAUCGUGGCGCGAUGGAUAACGCUCUGCCGCUGGAAGCGGAGCUGGAGCACCAGUGGCUGUUCAACGGCUCCCUGAACGAGUCCUUCACGAACCAGUUUGUGCAGCCCCCGUGGCAAGUGGCCCUGUGGGCUGUCGCCUACGCCCUCAUCGUGGUGGUGUCGGUGGUGGGGAACGUGGUGGUGAUGUGGAUCAUCCUGGCUCACAAGAGGAUGCGCACCGUCACCAACUACUUCUUGGUGAACCUGGCUUUUGCCGAAGCCUCCAUGUCCGCCUUCAACACGGUGGUGAACUUCACCUAUGCCAUCCACAAUGAGUGGUACUACGGGCUGCUCUACUGCAAGUUUCACAACUUUUUCCCCAUCGCCGCCGUCUUCGCCAGCAUCUACUCCAUGACGGCCAUCGCCCUGGACAGGUACAUGGCUAUCAUCCACCCGCUGCAACCCCGGCUCUCGGCCACCGCCACGAAGGUGGUCAUCGGCAUCAUCUGGCUCCUGGCUUUCCUGCUGGCUUUCCCCCAGGGUUACUACUCAGUGAUGGAGGAGCUGCCGGGCCGGCUGGUGUGUCUGGUGGAGUGGCCGGAGCACAGCACCAACGUGUACGGAAAAACGUAUCACUUCUGCAUGACCAUCCUCAUCUACUUCUUGCCGCUUCUGGUGAUAGGAUGUGCCUACACUGUGGUUGGUAUCACUCUCUGGGCAAGCGAGAUACCCGGCGACUCCUCCGACCGCUACCAUGAGCAGGUCUCAGCUAAGCGGAAGGUAGUGAAGAUGAUGAUCAUCGUGGUAUGCACGUUCGCGCUGUGCUGGCUGCCCUACCAUAUCUACUUCACCCUGCAGUAUUUCAACCCCGAGUGGUACCUGCAGAAGUUCAUCCAGCAGGUCUACCUGGCUAUCAUGUGGCUGGCCAUGAGCUCCACCAUGUACAACCCCAUCAUCUACUGCUGCCUCAAUGACAGGUUUCGCGUGGGGUUCAAACACGCCUUUCGGUGGUGCCCGUUCAUCAGUGCCGGUGAGUACGAGGGCCUGGAAAUGAAGUCAGCCAGGUACCUGCAGACACAGAGCAGCAUGUACAAGGUCAGCCGGAUAGAGACCACCGUGUCCUCGGCAGUUGGCGUGGCCGAAGAGGAGCUGGAGGAGAGCGGCAAGGCCAAGCGUCUCUCCGUAGACAUGACCUCCAACGGCUCCUCCCGCAGUGACUCCAAAACAGUCUCUGAAAGCUUCAGCUUCUACUCCAACACGCUCACCUAAGCGGCUCCCCGGCUCCGUCGGCCGCUCACAAGGGUGCCACCAUCCCCUCUCCCUCACUGGGAUGCUCCGGCGCUCAAUCCACCCACCGUCAUCGCCCUGGUUUCUGAUGUGCCGGCUUUUUUCCGUGCUGUUUUACUGUCUCUUGCUGUGCUGCUCACUCACCAUCCUUGGGCGAGCCCGAGAGCAAAAGCUUUGGAUUAGUUUCAUGUGCUCCACUGUGACUCGUGUCCGAACACAAGGGAGGUUUGGCUGGCCCCCACCUUGCUCGCUGCCUGGCCAACCCAACAUGUGCCGGGCGGGUGGAUAGGAUGCAGAAAUGGGACAGAGCUGGGUUUUUCUCCUAAACUGUAAGUACAUUGGCAGGUGCUUCCCUGCUCCCUGCAAGGCAGCGGGGAUCUCCCAGUGCAUCCCACCCCACAGAAAAAUGCACGAGUCUUGCACUUUCCUCCUCCUUAAAUUUCCUUCUCCCUGUCGCUCUCGGUUGAAUUUCCAGAGGGGUAUUCAAUUAAAAAAAUCCAGCAAAAAAUGCUGUUUUCAACUUUUGGAGCCCACAAAACCAUGGGGCACCACUGGCCACUCGAUGCUUCAACUCAGACCCAGGCAUUUCUGCACUGUCUCAACUCAUCUCCGGCACCCGCAUCCCUCUGCACGAUGGGUCUUCUGUUGCCACUCCACACCACAGCUCAUCGAAACAGGGCUCUCGAGAAGGAUUUCUGAACUGAGCCAGACUUUGGUCGCUGUUUAUCAACCGUAUGUGCCAAAAGCAAUCACUGUGAUUUCCUCAAAGACCCAAGGUGAUGUCUCUUGGAUAGAUUUUGGACGCCUGUGGAGGUCUGGAGAAAAAGAGACUGACUAUACUGAAAUGUUUUUCAUAACCUGGAAAUGUCUAGAGCUGCACAGAAAGGGGCCUGGUACGAUUCCAUCAGUAAAACAACUUUUUCCCAGCAUACAAGGUUUGAAGGGAGACAAGAAUUUUGCAGACAUUUUUUACUUGGAGGAGGGUUGAAAUGAUUCACUUCCACUUUCUGGAUUUUGUUUUAACCAGGGAAACUUUUUUCUUUUUAUCCCCCGUCUUUUGCACAAAACAUUAAGUUUAUGAUGUGUACAUGGAUAUAUCUAAUAUUUUAGUCCUGUUACGAUGGAUAAUUUUCACUAGAGCUGUUCAUACCAAGGGCUCCUUUGGUCAGCAAAUGUACGAACAUACACUCAAAAGGAGAAAAAAAAGUAAAUAAAAUGAGAAGUGGACAAAACUGGCUUGUUGGGAACAAACCCACAAGUUUGGGGGCAAUUUGGGGGCAGUUGUACCAACUGCUCCUUGCUGCUGGUCCAAUCUCUCACUUUCGGUGUAGAAACCAGACUCCUAAAAUGGAUUCACUGCAAGACAGAAACGCUGGAGAGGUGCAUGAUAUAUUCACACAGGGCAAGGAAACUGCUCAUUCGUUUUAAAGCAGCUGAAGAUCAGACCCUGCUGAGCACACAGCAAAUGCUGGAAGUAAAGCAGAGAUGACUUUUGGAGCUCUUCAACUCUUCAGCCUCCAAACUGGCUGUUGGAAGAUCCAGUCAUUAAUAAAUCCCCUGCCACAAUGGUUCUUGGAGAUAAAAAUACACAUAUUUAAGCAAUGACUCCAGCGGAAAUUAAGCGAAUGGGCAAAUAGAUGGAUCCAAGAACAACAAAAUGGCUGCAAAACCGGAUUGACAAGAAUGAUCAUCUUCAUUUUUACCCAAAAUCCUGCCAAGUGACAUCAGUGAGGAGCAGCUCUUCUAGCCACUUCCAUGUUUUUCUCAACUGCUGCGACUAUGUGACAUUACAAACUGCCACGUGCUUCGUGCACACACUGGAAUACGCUGGUUUUUCCCCACUUAAACUUCCACUUCUCACCAUUCUUGUCGCCUUAAGACAUAUUCCCUUGCCGCUGCCUCCUGCAACCCUGCGGCGUGGAGAAGGGGGAAUGGCACAAGCCUGCCUGGGGAUUUGGUUUUGCAAAAAACCACCAGCCCUAGGCAGCAGCAAUCGAAGGGACGGGCAAUGCCAAGGGUUUUAACGCAAGGGUUGGACUAGGUAACUUUUCCCACCAACUCCACAGGAGCUGUGCUGCCAAUACAUGAGAAGGUGCUACAAACCAGAGCCAAAUUCUGAUUUACUCCCAGCUGCCAACCCAAACUCAAAAUCAAAAUGAAACCAAAUAUCUCAAAAUGGUCCAGAGAGCCGAAUAAGACAAGCAGAGAUCUGCUCCAUACACCCCACGCACAAGAGUUUGUGUCAGGUUGUGAGUCUAUAGAAGUCAGCAUUUGCAAAAAAAAACAAAAAAAACAACAAAAAAA